GGCUGUGGUGAGGGACGGGCGAAGACGGGAGAUGUUUUCAAACCCGACCCCGGCAGUGGUGUUAGUGGCAGUUGUGGCGGUGACGGCAACCGGGACAGCGGCGACGCUGAGCCUCCAGCUCCGGGGUUAAACCCUCGGUCACGGAACAAGAACCGGGAUAGGGGUGGGUAAGGGGAGGGGGGGGGCGUGGCGGGGACUGAGAAGCAGAGGAGGAAGGAGGAGCUCGACUGCGAGCUAUUUCCCCGGCGCCCGAGAGGAGACCCCAGAAUCCUGCUUCGCGCUCGUCCCCCACUUCUCCUGCACAAGAUAUUUCUAUACUGAUUUGACCAGUGCUAAGCAAACUAAGGAAUUAAGUCUAGUCACAACCAACUGAUAUUUACUACUGUGACUCUGCUUUUAGACACAUGAUGAGAAGACUGAUACAGGACUCAGCUAGCUGAACAGCUAUAAAAUGCCCAAAUCUGGGUCCACAAAACCAGUUCAGAGUGAAAAUUCUGACAGUGACGGCAACAUGGUAGAAAAACCAUCUGGAAGAAAGAGUAAAGAAAAGAUUUCAUCCUACAGCAAAACUCCAAAAGUCGAUAGGAAUGAUGUGGGGAAAGAAGUGAAAGAGAAACCAUCUAUGAAGCGUAAACUUCCAUUUACCAUUAGUCCAUCAAGAAAUGAAGAUCGAGAUUCAGACACAGAUUCAGAUCCAGGACAUACAAGUGAAAAUUGGGGGGAGAGACUAAUAUCUUCUUACAGAACAUAUUCAGAAAAAGAAGGCCCAGAGAAGAAGAAAUCCAAAAAGGAGGCUGGAAAUAAGAAAACAACACCUGUUAGCAUUCUUUUUGGUUACCCAUUAUCUGAACGUAAACAGAUGGCCCUUGUAAUGCAGAUGACAGCAAGAGACAACAGUCCAGAUUCCACCCCAAAUCAUCCUUCACAGACAACACCAGCAUCGCAAAAGAAGACUCCCAGUUCCUCAUCUCGACAAAAAGACAAAGUUAAUAAAAGAAAUGAGCGUGGGGAGACACCUUUGCACAUGGCAGCUAUUCGAGGAGAUGUGAAACAAGUCAAAGAGCUAAUAAGUUUAGGGGCAAAUGUGAAUGUGAAAGAUUUUGCAGGUUGGACACCACUACAUGAAGCUUGUAAUGUUGGAUACUACGAUGUUGCUAAGGUUCUUAUAGCAGCUGGAGCAGAUGUUAACACACAGGGAUUAGAUGAUGACACACCACUCCAUGAUUCGGCUAGUAGUGGGCACAGAGAUAUUGUUAAGCUACUACUUCGACAUGGUGGAAAUGCAUUUCAAGCCAACAAACAUGGGGAACGACCAGUGGAUGUAGCAGAGACAGAAGAGUUAGAACUACUUCUGAAAAGAGAAGUGCCUCUGUCUGAUGAUGAUGAAAGCUUUACAGAUUCCGAAGAGGCUCCAUCUGUAAAUCCUUCUAGUGUGGAUGAAAAUAUUGAUUCUGAAGCAGAGAAAGACUCACUAGUCUGUGAAAGUAAACAGUUAAUACCUAGUAAAGCCCCUCUUCCGUCUGCUCUUGAUGAAUAUGAGUUCAAAGAUGAUGAUGAUGAAGAAAUAAAUAAAAUGAUUGAUGACAGACACAUUCUUAGGAAAGAACUACGAAAAGAGAAUGAAUCUGAAAUAGAAAAGAAUUUAUUUGUGAAGCAAGAAAAAGUCUAUCCCAAACUAUUUAAAAGUAAAAAACAGAAACCAUCUAGAGUUCUGUAUUCAAGUUCUGAAAGUUCAGAUGAAGAGAUUCUUCAGGACAAAAAAGUUGUUUCUACUCCAUGUUCUGUCCCUGAAACUUCAACUUCUGAUUUAAGAUCCAAAAAGGAAUAUUUAGUUGCAAAUGAACAUAAACAGAAAGGAAAGGUUAAAAGAAAGUUAAAAAAUCAGAACAAAAAUAAAGAAAAUCAAGAGUUGAAGCAAGAAAAAGAAGGAAAAGAAAAUUCUAGAGUAACAAACUUGGUAUGUAAUCCUGUAUUAGAUUCUCUAGACAAAACUAGAGAGGAAGAAAAUUUUAGAAAGACUUUUACUCCAAAAGAUGAUGCUUCAUUACAUUUAUUUCAUAUUACUACUAGUAAAUCUCCAAAACAUCCCUGUGGACUAAGUGAAAAACAAUCAACACUACUAAAACAAGAAAACAGCAAAACAUGCUUAUCACCAGGUGGUUCUGAAACUUCCUUACAAUCUGACCUCAUUAGACAUGAAAACAAUGCAGAUUCAGAAUUCCUGUUGGAAACUUCUAGUGGGAAAUACUAUAAACAUAAAGAAAAAAGUAAACAUCAUCAGAAAGAUUUCCACUUAGAAUUUGGUGAGAAAUCUAUUCCAAAAGUUAAAGAUGAAGAUCAUAGUCUGUCUUUUGAUAAUUCAGACUAUGCACUGAAAAAGAUUGAUAAAGAAGGCAAGACAUUAAAGAAACAUAAAUUAAAACAUAAAGACAGAGAAAAGGAAAAGCACAAAAAAGAGCCAGAUGGUGAAAAAGAAAAAUAUAAAAAUAAGGAUGGAAAUAAAGCAGUUCAGAGAAGUGUUGAAUUUGAUAGAGAAUUUUGGAAAGAAAACUUUUUUAAAAGUGAUGAAAAUGAAGAUAUCUUUUUAAAUGUAGAACAUGAAUUCCUGCCAUCUGAAAAAAAAUCAAAGUUGGAAAAAAACACAAAAGAUGACAAAUUAAGUAAGGAAAAACACAUACCAAAAGAAAGAAGCUUUAAAGAGGAACGAGAAAAAGGGAAAAAGGAAAGUGAAAAGUCCUUUAAGGAAGAAAAAAUCAAAGAAUUAAAAGAAGAAAGGGAGUGUAUACCAAUAGAUAAAGAAACAGAAUUACUUCCUUUGAGUAUAAGUGUUAAAGAAGAAUCAAUUGGAUUUCACUUAAUAGAGAAGGAGGCAGAAAUUGACAAACAAGAAAAGAAUAUGAAAGAUAAUAAGGAGAGACCUGAGAAACGUCCUCAGACUAAAGAAAAGGACUUGGAAAGAAAUGAGAGAAAAAAUACUGAAAAAGAAAAGAAGAUAAAACAUGAUCAUAAGCCAGAGAGAGACAAAUUAGAUUUAAAUGAAUGCAUAGAAAAAACAAAAGAAAAGGACAGAGUAAAUUCACAACAGGCAGAAAAAUAUCAUAAAGAAAGUGAGAAGAUAAAAAAUGUUACUACUGUUAAAAAAGCUGAUGACAGAGAAAAAUGUAGAGAUAAGAUGGAUAAAAAACAUGACAAAGAAAAAACUGAAAAAGAGAGGCAUCUAGGUGAAAGCAAAGAAAAACACUUCAUAGAGAAAAAAGGUAAGCUAUCAGAUAAAGACAGUGACUAUAUUAAACUUGAAAAGGGCAGGACAAAAGAAAAAGAAAGGGAGGUUGAGAAAAGGGAAAGACCUAGAGAUAAAGAAAGUUUAUCUUUAGCUGCUUCUAAGCAUACACAGGAAGAGAGACGGUCAGCUUCCACAGAAAGUAGUAAAACACUGCAUGAAAAACUUUCAUCCCUUAAAGAAAAAACAAAAGAUGAACCUUUGAAAACUCCUGAUGGAAAAGAAAAAGAUAAAAAGGACAAAGAUAUAGACAGGUAUAAAGAAAGGGAUAAGCACAGAGAUAAAAUGCAACUAAAUAAUUUACCCAAGCACAAAUCUGAAAUAGAUAAGCCUAAACCUAAAUCAGGAUUGACUCCAAAAGAUACUCGACCAAAAGAAAAGAGGUUAGUGAAUGAUGAUUUAAUGCAAACAAGUUUUGAAAGAAUGCUAAGCCUUAAAGACCUAGAAAUAGAACAGUGGCAUAAAAAGCAUAAGGAAAAAAUUAAGCAAAAAGAAAAGGAAAGAUUGAGGAACCGUUCCUAUUUAGAACUCAAUAAAGUAAAAGAUAAAGAAAAAACAAAAAAUACACUAGCAGAAUCAAAAAAUAAAGAACUGAUUAGGUCAAAGAGUUCAGAGUUGUCUGAUGUUUACACUAAGGAGAAACAUUUGAAAGAUGCUACAAGUAACAGAUCUCAGUCUGUAGACACAAAGAACAUAACAAAUGUUGGGAAGUCAUCUUUAAUUGUAGAUAAUAAUUUAAGCAGAUCUCCUCGAUCAGAAAGUGAAAAAACUGGUCUCAGCUCUAGAUCUGUAUCAGUAAUUUCAGUUGCUAGCUCAGAAGAUUCCUGCCAUACUACAGUGACAACCCCAAGGCCUAUAGUUGAAUAUGAUUCUGACUUUAUAUUGGAAGGUUCUGAUUCCCAAAUGUCUUUUUCACAGUCACCGUUUUUGCCAGUUGCCAAAUCUCCUGCCCUUCAUGAAAGGGAGUUGGACAGUGUAGCUGAAUUGCCAGAUCGGAUUAAAUUACCAUAUACAAACAGGCUUUCAACAUCCCAUCUCAGGUCAUCUUCUGUAGAAGAUGUUAAGCUUAUUAUUAAUGAGUGUAGACCUGUAGUUGAAGUUCGAAGAUGUAGCUUGCCACCUGUCAUUUCAGAACAUACAAAACAACUUCAAACAAUGUCAGAAGAAAACAAUCAAAGUAGUUUACCAGCUGUGCCAAGUCAUAUUUGCAGUUCCCCUAAACAUGAAGUGUCUUCUUGUAAUGUGCCUGAAAAGGACCUUUCAAAAAUAUCUAACUUACAUUCCAGUUUUGCUACUUCUCCAGUUAUAUCUUUCAACAGUAAACAUAGUUCAUCAGAUACAAAUGUUAUCAAAAGUACUGCUCAAAUGAGCCCUGUAGGAGAAAACCCUAUGCAUGUAGAGCCAUGUAAUCUAAUUAAUAUGACUCAACAAAAUAAAUCUUGGGAGAUACCUGUUGAAAGACCGGAGUCAUUAAGCACAAAUGAUUUUAACUGUUCAAGUUACAGAGUACCUGAUCAAGAUCUAGGAUUGUGUAAUCCUGACAACAGAAUAUUAAAGGAACAGAAUACUUCUGAAUUAUUACCUCAACGUCAAACUGAAAUCCAAGGAAAUUCAGGUGCUCAAGAUUCAGCAUCAUUUAUGCCUUCUCAGCCACCCUGCUCUUUCCAUGGCCAGUCAAUCCCAGAUGCUGAAUGUAAACAUAUGUCUUUAUCAUAUGUUGGUAAUCAGGAGUCAACUUUUCAACAGAACACUCUAGUCCAAACUAAUUCUAUUUUAGACACGGAUAAUAAUUUUAAAAAAGAUUUGGAAAAUACUUUCUUCCCAGCUGAUGGUCAAAAGACAGAUGCAUUUGUCACUGUAUAUGCUGAAAGGACCAUUCAGGAUACAUCACCAAAUUAUGAAAGGACUAAUGCCCCACCCGUAGUACCAUCAGAAAAGGACUUUCUUGGAAAUGAUGCCUAUUCACAAAUAAAUACUCAUCCUUAUUCAUUUAGCAAACUUAUUUAUAAAACUUUGCAUAGUCAUGAAGUUGAUAGCACAACUGACACUCAGGUUAUUUCACAUGAAAAAGACAAACUUGAAAGUUCAGUUUCAAUCAAUUUAGCUAAUAAGUCUGUUGUGGAUCUCAAUGAACUAAAUGUAGGGAUAUCAAAAGGAAAUUUAAAUGAACAAGAUAGUUCAAAAAAUUAUAAUGAAAGUCGAAAAGGAUUUCUGCCCACAGAAGAUGAGGAAUCACAACAAAGCACUUUAUCAAAUCCAGAAAGUCACUCACAGCCAUCUGGUCAAGCAGAAAUACAUAACUGUAGUCAGUUGGUUAAAAUAGAGGUAGAAGAAACUGCUGAAGAUGAUAAAACUGAUCACCAAAUACCUCAAAGGAUAACUAGAAAUAGAGCAAAUAUAAUGGCAAGUCAGAGUAAACAGAACCCUAUUAGUUGUGUGCCAUUGUCUGAAAAAGAUAAUGAAUCUGCAUCUCCUAGAGGAAGAAUAAGGUUAACUGAGGAAGAUGAUGCUCAAGUCCACCAUCCACGGAAAAGGAAAAUGUCACGUGUGCCUCAGCCUGUGCAAGUGAAUCCCUCUUUACUACAAGCAAAAGAGAAAACUCAGCAGUCUCUGGCGGCCAUUGUAGAUUCUCUGAAAUUAGAUGAGAUUCAGCCAUAUAGUUCAGAGAGGGCAAAUCCAUAUUUUGAAUACUUGCACAUAAGAAAAAAAAUAGAAGAGAAACGCAAAUUACUGUGUAGUGUUAUUCCUCAAGCACCUCAGUAUUAUGAUGAAUAUGUGACAUUUAAUGGAUCAUACCUCCUGGAUGGAAACCCUUUAAGCAAGAUUUGUAUUCCUACUAUUACACCACCUCCAUCCCUGUCAGAUCCACUUAAAGAUCUUUUUCGGCAACAGGAAGUUGUAAGAAUGAAACUGCGUUUGCAACAUAGUAUUGAAAGGGAAAAACUCAUUGUAUCUAAUGAACAAGAAGUUCUUCGUGUUCAUUAUCGAGCCGCAAGAACAUUAGCAAAUCAGACUCUGCCCUUCAGUGCGUGCACUGUUCUCCUGGAUGCAGAAGUGUACAAUGUGCCCCUGGAUUCUCAGGCUGAUGACAGUAAAACAUCUGUGAGAGAUCGAUUUAAUGCAAGACAGUUCAUGUCUUGGUUACAAGAUGUAGAUGAUAAGUUUGAUAAGUUAAAGACUUGUCUUUUGAUGAGGCAGCAGCAUGAAGCAGCAGCUUUAAAUGCUGUCCAGAGACUGGAGUGGCAGCUUAAGCUCCAGGAACUUGAUCCUGCCACUUACAAAUCUAUCAGCAUUUAUGAAAUUCAGGAGUUCUAUGUUCCUCUUGUUGAUGUUAAUGAUGAUUUUGAAUUAACACCUAUAUGACAACUAUCUUUUCCUGAUUUCACUUUUUAUGGAGACUGUUUAAAUGCGAUAAUCUAAAAUGCAACUGUUUCAUUAGAGCACUUAAUACUGUGGCAUAUGGCCUUUUGCAAUAAUUCAGGUAUUAUUCUUUCAAAAUUCUUUAGCAAAGUUUUGUUAAAGUUUGUUAAAUACUAAAUAAUGUCAUUUUCUAAUAAGUGACACAAAUUAUUUAGAUUUUAGAUCAAAAACCAGUUUCCCACUAAAGACUGUUAUUUAUAUUGGUAAAAAUUAACUAUGGCAUUAGAAUAUGUUGUCAAACUGUGGAAAAUACUAAAGAAGGUGAGAUACUGAUAACAAUGCUGGAAGUUGUUAUCAUACUAAGUGAGAUAAAUGAGACACCCAUUGAUAUUUAAAUCUUCUAGAGGUUUUAUUAAAGCUUGUAUCAUUAAACUCAAUAAUUUAACUCCCACAGAAUAGCACUAAAUGUGGAAGAAAAAUUGAAAAGAAAUAUUUGUUCAACUUAUUAUAUUUUGUAAAUUAAUUGUACAGUUUUUGAAAGAUGUAAUAUUGUCUUCCUUUUUAAUAACUUAUUUUAUACAUAUUGUGCAAAUGUAAAUAGUCUUGUAAUUAACGGUCAAAACUUGUACAAAAGAUGGAUUGUCAAGAAUCCAUACAAAGAAAUAGAUAUUUUCAUCGUAAAAUUGUUUUGUCUGAUGUUUUAUUGGACCAAAGUUGUUGUUCUUAAUUGAGUGUAUGUAGUGUUUUCUGAUUGGCAAAACUUUCGAAUAAUAAGGCAUGUGUUCAAUUUAGCUUAUUUCAUCACCAUAACUAUAAAGAUUGUGACUUAGCUAUAUUGCAUGCUUCACACAAUUCAGCUCCCUUCAGUAACUGAUACCUAAACCAAUGUAACACUUACGGGCCCGUGUUUCAUACUAGUCUUCUAUGGUAGUGCCUAUAACUUAAUAUGUUAAAAAAAAUAGGUUUGUUUAAAGUUAAACAUACACAAAAAUUUUUGCUCUUAAGUCAUCAUCUCACAGUAGAGCCUAUUUUUUCCAACAAAAUGCCUUUGAAUGAAAAUUCUAAAAUUGUAAAUGUCUAUUUUAAUAUUUACCUAUGGAAGAAUCUGUAAAUAUAAUGUUUAAUAAAUUGUAUCGGUCAUGUUAAAUCAUUGUAAAAAUUUUUUUACAUUGCUGGAAUUAUUUUAAGCUUAAUAACCUUUGCACUUUUAAAAAUAAAAUUAGACUUUUUGAAUUAAUUAACAAAUUUGGUAGUUAAAAUAAGUAAAAGAAACCUAGGGAUAUGCUGACAUCUGUUGCAAUAUUUCUGAAAAUAUUAUUUUUUCCUAAUUGACAAGUUGUUGAACAUGUCAUUUAUAAAAUUUUAAAAUCCAAGCAAGAUUUUACUUUUUUUAAUAAUCAGAAAUGGUGAUAUAUCUGUUUAAAAAGCACAGAAAUAGUUCUCUCUUUAAAAUAUUUGAUAGGUGAGACUCAGGAAUAUUUUAGAUCUGAAACCAGCCAAGAAACUUAAUUGUUAACCCAUAACAUUUGAAGGAAGACUCAGAGAAAAAUUAGGCUAGCUAAAAAGCAGUUAAACAUAGAAGAAAUUUUCAACAGCUUUUCACAAUGCUUUGUUGAUUCUAAAAUAUAAUAGUAAAUGCAUUGCAUUCAAGUGAAUGCAAUGAAAAAAAGAAAAAUCAAAUAGAUGAGAAAUGGCAUGAUAUAAAGUAAACCAGCUCAUAAAGUAAAAAUUUUAUUCCAGAAUAAUUAAAAUGUAAUCAAACUUGAGUUCAUCACAUUAGAUGAACUGGGAAAAAAUAUUGCAAUUCAUUAUUACAAAGGUAUAUAUUAAACUUAGGGCUUUUACAUAUUAUCAAUUUAUAUUUUAAUUAAUAUACUAGACAUGUCAAAGUAAGCAUAGCAGAAAAGGAAUACACAGCGUCUAGGCACUUUUUAAUGAUAGGUAUAGUUCUCUUUAGGAAUUCAGAUUAAUUUUGGGCCUUUUUUUGAUAUAUGAUCGAUCAGAAAUACAGAGUAGGUGUUGAAGUAUUAGUUUUGUUGAAUUGUAAAUUCAUCGAUCCCAGAAAUGUUCCAAGAUGUUCCAUAGAAUUUAGAAGUCAUGUAGUUUAGACUAGUGUUAUAUGCAGGAAUCCUGUACUUUAUAUCUCUAACAAAAAACUCAGCCCACCUCUACUUGAACACUGUCAGUGAUGGAGAAGUCAAUAUAUCCCUCUCCCUAAGGAACCCAUUCUAUUUUGGAAUUGCUCUAAUUUUUUGAAAUGUCUUCCUUAUAUUAAGUCAAAUUCUACUUCCCUAACUAACCCACUGGCCCUAGUUCUGCCCAUUUAAUCCACACAGAAUAAACUUAAUGCAUCUUACAUAAGACAGUCUUGCAAAUAAAUGGAAAUCAGCCAUCAUGUUCCCCCUAAAUCUUCUUUCAGGAUGAACAUUCCUCAUAUCUUUCAACUAUUCUUUAUAUAUUUUCAGUUUCCCUUAAUAUCUGGUUACCUACCUCUGAACAUCCUUUAUUUUGUCAAUUUUUCUCUUAAAAUGCAGCAACUAGAGCUGAAUACAGUGCUCCAGAUAUAAUCUGGCCAGGCCAGAAUACCAUAGAACUAUUACUUGUCUUUUUCUAGAUAAUCCUUUAUUCUCCAAAUCAGCUGUUGAAUCAUUUUGUUUACUGUUAACUAAAACCCUGAGGUGGUCUUCACAUGAACUGCCAUCAUGGUUUAUUAAACAUCAUUCUCCUUCAUACACUUUUACAGUCUAGUCCAACUGGACCUCUUGCUGUUAUUCACCAACAACAUUCCACAUCCUAUGAACUCCCUCUUCACUUCUUCAUCUUAAAAUCCCUAGUUUCCUUCAAAACUCAGCUCAAAUCAUCUACAUUGAAGCUUUUCCUGAUCCCAUCAGCUAUUUUGUGCCUCCCACCAAGUUACUGUGUCUUUUAUACAUACACAUACACACACACACACACAUACAUAUACACAUAUAUUUAUAUAGUACGUUCUUAUGUGUGUAUGUGUUGUCUCUUCCAAUAGAAUAUAAGUCUCUCAAGGCAGAUACACUCAUUUUUGUUUUUGUAGGUCUGGCACAGUUGGUUUCCAAUAAAUGCUUCCUUGCUUAAUUGAUUAACCACACCUCUCAAUCAGACAUUGAAUCUAUAAAGAAAUUCAUAUUUGUCCUUAUUUAUUUUAAUCUGAGGUCCCUGCCAGCUCUAGACCUAUGAUUUUAUGAUACCUGUAAAUUUGAUAAGCAUGACAUUUCCUUUUCAUGUCAUUGAUAAAAAUCCUGCAUGAAACAGGACCCAAGAGAGUUCUGUGGCACCCAACUGGAGAAUUCCAGGUUUCCAACAAUUCAUUAUUCAAUGUUUGUUAGGGAGUCUCAAUAGCACAUCUAACUAUAUCAUCCAAUCUACAUUUCUCAAUUAAGGCUGUCCACAAGGAAAUCUUGGGACAUUUUUUCAGAUGCCUUGCCAAAAACCUUUUGACUACAAUAUUCCUCUGCUCCAUUUCAGUCCUAUUGAAAGGAUGAGAUAUUAUUUUGUCAUGAUAUGUUUUUAGUGAAUGUAUGCUGAAUUGUAGUGAAUAAUACCAUAUCCCUCAGUGCUCAUAGACCAUUUGUUUAUUCUAUUAAGAAAAAACUUAAAGCAAUUGUUUUUAUAUGAAAGGCACAACUUAAUAUUUUUAAUCUACAUUUUCCUGAAAAAGGAAGUUAGGAUAAAAUAGUAUAUCCGACCAUAAAAAUUAAAAUAACUUGAAAAUUGAAACAAAAAAAAAUGGUAUGUGACCAGGCAUUCAAGUCUGAUGUAGCCAAUUUAAGGAAGGGAAAAUUGUCAUUACUUGUUCAGAUGAGGUUUGUGAAAAUGAAUUAACUUUAUCUGUAGCUCUAGACCUCAAAAAUUGUAUUCUCUCUACCAGAAUUUUGCUUCCUUUCACAGGGCAGUAUGAUAUAGUGGAUAGUAUGCAGGAAUUUGCAUGUAGUAUGCAGGGUCAGGAAGAUAUGGUUCUCAAAUUCCACUUCCUGACAUUUAUUAUCUUUCUGAUUUAUUGAUAGAUACAUCAUAAAGACUAGAAAUUAAAGGAGAGGGAGCUCUUGUGCCAGGUAGUGAUUUAAAGUUAAUUGAGAGAACUCACAAAACAAAACCACAUCUCUGAGAAAUUAUAAACAAGUAGUUAAGGGCUUUGCACACCAAAAUUGCUCUUAAGCUCCCAAAUACUAAAGAUUGAGAGCUAUAGUACCCCAGGAAGUUUUUAACUAAAAGAAAAUUCAAGAGUUUAUUUUCUACUUACUUUGGGGGAACACUCUGGUUAUAUUUAAAAGUUAUUUUAUAUCAGUUGAAAUUAAAUGAAAAAGGUGUUUAAAUUGUGGUUUAAAAGUUGUGUUUCUUUAAUGCUCUAAAUUUUGUAUAAUUUUGUUUAUAAUGAAUGAGUUAGGAUUUAUGCAUGUUAUUUAAU